AUGGAGUACGACAAAUUUCUUCUAUUUGGUGAUUCCAUCACCCAGUUCAGUAACAAUCAGGAUGUUGGCUUUGGUUUACAACCAGCCUUACAGAACGUAUAUGCUAGAAAACUAGAUGUGAUCAAUCGUGGCUACAGUGGCUAUAAUUCAGAGCACGCAAGAUUGAUUUUCCCAGAGAUUUUAAAAUCAUCCAUUGGCAAAAACAUUAAAUUGAUGACCUUAUUCUUUGGAACCAAUGAUGCUUUUGAUUAUAUCAACGAUAUCCAAACUGUUGAAUUGGAAAGGUACCAGGAUAAUAUUGAAACUAUUGUACAAUUGGCUAAAAAGAACAACAUCAGCGUAAUUGUCAUUGGGCCAAGCUUGCACGAUCCAAAACUUGCUAAAGCCAUGUUUGCUCUGAAUGGAAGAAACAUUGAAGGAAACCCCACUACAAAUAAAAGAUUGUUGUUGUACUCAGAAGCAGCCAAAGAGGUUGCACAACGUAACAAUGUUCCAUUUGUUGACCUUUGGCACGCAUUUAAAGAGAAUCUUGGAUUGACAGAACAGCAAUUAUUUGACAUCUCAGCUGACUGUGGCUAUCCAUCUUUGGAAGUGUUGUUACACGAUGGUAUUCAUUUUACCGGAAGAGCCUAUCAAAUUUUAUUUAAAUUGUUACAAAAAGCCAUUGCUGAUUCAUAUCCCGACCUCACUCCAGAGAACUUACCUAUGAUGCUUUCUGAUUGGAAAGAAAUCAAUCCCUCCGAUUUGUCGUCGAUUUUCAUAUCAAAACGUUUGUAG